AUGUGGCACGGCACGGUGCGUGCGUGCAUGCGUGCAGAGGUGUACUCGGACAAGAAGGAGACGUUUGAGCGCGAGGCCGCCGGGUACGAGGCCAUCCUCAGGGCGCGCCAGGGGCUGCUGGGGGGCGACCAGGGGGAGGGGAGCAAGGGGGAUGGGGGCAAAGGCGGGGAGGAGAGAGGGAGUGGGGAGAAAGGAGGUGCGGGGAUGGACAUGUUUGGCGAUGAGGAGGACGAGGGCGGGGGUGGUGCAGGGGCCGAUGGUAAAGGGGAAGGGGGGGAGAAGGAAGUCCAUCACCUGAACCCGCCCAUCGCCCUCGUUUCCCUCCACCACACCCGUUCCUUUGGAAACCCCCCUUCCCUCCCCAUGUCCCUCGCUCCUACUGACUUCUCCUCCAAAGAAAUCUCUCCCACCCGUCCUGCAACUCACCCUCCUCCCCCCAGCUACUACUUCAACAAGGAGCAGGGGUAUUACUACGACUCUUCCUCUGGCCUCUUCUGCAGUGCUGCCGACGGCACAUGGUACCGCUUCAACGAUGCCACAGGCGAGUACGAGGCGCUGCCAGGUGAUGCCUCGCAGGGGGGUGCAUCAGGCGGCGGUGGUGGUAAGGAAGCGGGAGGGGAGGAGGCAGAUGCGGGCAAGGCAGGUGGUGAAGCGGCAGGUGGUGAUGCAGCCGGUACAAAGGCAGAGGGAGGGGCUAUGGCAGGUGAGGGGCGAGCACAUGAAGGUGGCGCACACACAGAGCAGGGGGCAGCAACUGCCGCCGCUGCCGCUGCCGCUGCUGCUGCUGGGGACGGAUAG